ACAGUAUCAAGAGAAAUUUCGACAUUAGACACUUGUCCUAAAUUUAAAUCUUAACUUUUGUGUGGAAGACAAUUUCCCUGUAAUUUCUUGCUAAAAUACUACUAGUAUAUACUUUUUUAUCAUCACCUGUUUCCAAAUAGACUGUGUUCUCCGUGUUUAAGUAGUUAAUUUUACCCAUUUGUAUAUUCGACAGAGCCAUCAGCCUCGUUAAUACACCAUGCUGGUCAUAAUUUCCAUGAGGUGUUUCAACUGAAACCAGGAAGUUACAUAGAUCUUCCACCUGAAAAAAUAUCAGAAAUGAUGAAAUCAAAUAAUAUAGAUAAUGCUCCCACUCAGUCGCUUCUGAGUGUUGUGAACGGUAUUCUUGAAGAAAGUGUUGAAAGAAGAAAUGGGGAAAUACCUCAUCGUGUGGCUUGCUUAUUGAGGAAGGUUGCGCAAGAGAUUGAACGGCGCAUGUCAACUCAAGCAGAACAUUUACGAACUCAAAACAAUCUUUUCAAGGCUCGAGAAGAAAAAUACCAGUCGAGAAUAAGAGUACUCGAGUCACUUGCAUCCGAAACUAAAGAUGGGAAUGAGGGUGAGAGGAUCAGAGUGGAAGAAAAAAAGGUUGAUGAGAGAGAAGUUGGUAGGUUGAUAAAAGAACAGCAGGACAAAAUAUUGGAAAUUUCAGCUUUGAAGAUAGAACUGGAAACGGCCAAAAGAACAUAUAUAAUACAAUUCGCACGGUUGGAAGCAGAAGCUGAGGGUGCUAAAGCAGAACUGACACAAAUGGUUCAAGAAUAUAAACAACAAAUAGAAGAAGUAAGAAAUAAGGCUGAAAAUAUAAAAGAUGAAUUAGUUGGGUUGAUGAAAGAACAGGAGGACAAAAAAAUGGAAAUUAUUUCAGCUCUGAAGAGCGAUCUGGAGACAGCCAAAAGAACAUAUGAAACACAAUUCUUUCAACUUGAAGAAGAAGCAAAAGGUGCUAAGGCAUGGACACAAAAGGCCCAAGAAUAUGAUUACCAAUUGAAAGAAUUACAAAAUAAGGUUGAGAAGUUUCAAGAAGAGGUUAAGACAGCAAAUGAUGAGGAAAUUGCUAGGUUGAUGAAAGAACAGGAGCACAAAAAUUCAGAAAUUUCAGCUUUGAAGCAAGAGCUAGAAGCAACUAAAACAGCAUAUGAAGUACAGCGCUCCCAGAUGGAAAAGGAUGCCAAAGCAGAAUUGGAACAAAAGUGCGAAGAAUAUGAGAAUCAAUUGAAAGAGUUAAGAAAUAAGGUCAAGGAGCUAAAGGUUUCUUCUGAUUCAAAAGAUCAGAAGUGGAACAUGAAAAUGAACCGAUUUCUGACUGUCAUAACAUUUCAAUUCAGUUCCCUACAGAAAAUGAAGUUAUCUUUGGAAUCCACUAAGCAAAGUGUAAUGAAAGAGCAAACGGUUUAUGCAGGGGAGUUGGAUCUAUUAGGUGUAAAACUUAAACCACUUCUACAAGCAGCUGAGAACUACCAUGUUGUUAUUGCUGAAAAUAGAAAACUGUUCAAUGAGAUUCAAGAACUAAAAGGAAAUAUCAGAGUAUAUUGUCGAAUUCGACCAUCUGCAAUUGGAAAAUUGGAAAAAGAGUCUAUUGUUGAACACGCUGGUGAAAAUGAUUUGGUUGUGGCAAAUCCAACCAAAGAUGGAAAAGAUGCUUUUCGAUCAUUUAAAUUUAACAGGGUUUUCAGCCCUGCCGCAACUCAAGCGGACGUAUACUCCGACAUCCAAGACUUCACAAGAUCAGUUCUAGAUGGGUAUAGUGUGUGUAUAUUUGCUUAUGGUCAAACUGGUUCAGGGAAAACUUAUACAAUGACUGGUCCAAAUGGGGCAACAAGCGAGACUAUUGGUGUUAACUAUCGAGCUCUAAAUGACCUCUUCAGGAUUUCCACAAGUAGACAAAAUGUAGUGGAGUAUGAGAUUGGAGUUCAAAUGGUUGAGAUAUAUAACGAGCAAGUCCGUGACUUGUUAACAACAUAUGGUUCUCCAAAAAGACUUGGGAUAUUGACUCAAUCUCGACCAAAUGGCUUAGUAGUCCCAGAUGCUAGCUUGUUCCAAGUGAAAUUACCUUCAGAUGUUAUUAAGCUAAUGGAAAUUGGACUUAAAAAUAGAGCCAUUGCUGCAACUGCUAUGAAUGAACGAAGUAGCCGUUCUCACAGUGUUGUCUCAGUUCACGUUACCGGGAAGGACUUGAAGACUGGUUGCACUAUGGCUGGUAAUCUUCAUUUGGUAGAUUUGGCUGGAAGUGAAAGAGUAGAUCGUUCUGAAGCAGUUGGGGAUAGGCUCAAAGAAGCACAGCAUAUAAACAAAUCACUAGCUGCUCUUGGAGAUGUUAUUUUUUCCCUUUCUCAAAAGAGCUCCCAUGUACCAUACAGAAACAGCAAGCUUACUCAACUUCUACAAACUUCUCUUGGUGGUCAAGCAAAGACGCUCAUGUUCGUCCAAAUCAAUUCAGACGUAAGUUCAUAUUCCGAAACUGUGAGCACUUUGAAGUUUGCUGAGAGGGUUUCAGGAGUUGAAUUAGGAGCUGCACGAAGUAGCAAAGAGGGCAAAGACUUAAAAGAAAUGAUGGAACAGGUGUCUUGUUUGAAGAGCACUAUUUUGGCGAAAGAUGAGGAGAUUGAGAGGCUUCAAGCCCUCAAAGGUUUAUCUGGUAGCAGAGUUAAGCGAAAUCUGAUUCCACGAAGUAGAAGUAGUAUCCAGUUACAAUCUGCUAACCCCCCACCAAUUGAUGAUCCUGCACCACAAAGUGAUUUUGUUGCAACAACUGCAGAAAACUCAGGAUGUACAGAUUCUGAUUUUGAUGGAAGAUCAAGUGAUUUUUCUGACAGUGGUUUUGCUGCAGGCACAGAAACUGAUGGUUCUGAAAGUUCCAGUCUCGCUGAAGUCCCAAAACAACCAUCAGAGAAGAUACCUAAAGGACUUCGCAGAACUGUUCAAGCGAUGAGGAAAUUUGGCAGAAGUUCAUCAAACACAACCCCCAGCGCCUCCCCAGUAAAGGAGCCAGUGAAGGAGCCAGUGAAGGAGUCAGCGAAGAAGUCAUCAUCAGGUGUGUAUACGCAUACUACGUUAACACUCUUCUUAAAAUCUUAUGCUCAUUCAACUUUUCAACUUUCUUUCACAAAUUUGAUUUCAGGUAUUAAAAAAAGCAUGAGUAUAAGCUCCCUCAAGCCUCCAAAACUGUGGAAGUAA